UCGGCCUUGGACUUGGCAGCAGAUGGUCUCCCUCUCAGUCAGGCGUCAGCUGUUCACAUGAGCACAGGUCAGACUCGGAGCCUCACCGGGAGCUCACAGAGGGAUCCGCACAGUCACACCGAGUCCCGACAAACUCCUGACAGCUUGCUUACUGGAAGUUGACAAACUCCAACUGAAGAUACUUUUUUUUUGUUUUGCUGUUCAAGCUCACUUUUGGAAAAAAAAACAACAUGCCUAAUUCCAGGUGCAAAACAGGAAACGGUUUAGCACAAGUUCUUCGCUCAGGAGCUUCCUCUUUGCCUGGACGGAACACCCUGCGGUCAUCCUUCUUGUAUGAAUGAAGCGGACUCACAUCCAGACCAGCUGCAGGACAAUACAAGUAAUAAUCCUCCAAGAUGGCAGUUACCUCACUCUAUGUAACUGAGGAGACAGGAGUUGGCUUAGCUGAGGUGGACAUGUGCACGUUCGAGAUUAAUAUCAAGUAUGAACUCAUCCCAACGAUUGUCUGCUCAGCGUGCUUCUUAUUCGGCCUCAUCUACAGCUUUUUCGGAUACCGCUGCUUCAAGAUGGUCAUGUUCUUCUCUGGCUUCAUGUUCAGCUCAGCCGCCGUCCUCCUGGUGUACCACAAGGAGCCCAGGUUGGACACCGAGCUGGGGAUGGAGACAAAGGCAGGGAUCGGCCUGGGCGUCGGGGUGCUCUGCGGGCUGAUGACCAUGCUGGUGUCCACUCUGGGACUCCUCCUGAGCGGCCUCCAGCUGGGGAUCUUGCUCUGCCUCGCCAUCCUGGUGGUUAUUGGACAGUUCCACAGCCUUACACCAGUGUGGGUGCCUCUCAGCGCCGUCAUGGCUGCCAGCAUCGUCUCUGCUGUGUUCACACUUCAGUGGCAGAAACUGUUCACCAUCAUCUACACAUCUGUGUUCGGAGCGACCACUGUGAUGCUCUGUGUGGAUUACCUGCUGGGGACGUUUAUGCUGCCAGAUCAGGUGUAUGACAUGCUUUGUCAAGUUGCCCCACGUCCACUCUGCUGGUUUAACUGGGCGAUCACUGGGAUAUGGCCCGUUAUGAGCCUGAUAGGUGUGCUGGUGCAGUGGAGGUUUACUGCCAGAGGAUUCUCACACACAGAAGCAGCGCACAAAAAACAUAAGAAACACGGCAAGAAGCACAAAUACAGAGAGCCGAGGAGAAGACCUCAGUCACACCGUCGACGCAGGCCUCCGCCACUGAAACGCUACACUGGGGACGUCCUGGCACCGAGUUAUCUCCAGAGCCUUAAGGAGCGCCAGAUGGAGACAGGCUCGUCCACCAGCAGCGUCAGCACCAACACACACACUCUAAUUGACUUUGACUUUGAGACGGGCUCCAUGGUGCCUCUGACUGCUGCCUCCCCUGUCUUUACAGUUUAAAGGAACACACGGCGUCCAGUAUCUGCUAUACUGAUAAUUAAGCAGUCCUUUGAAAUGUAUUUCUUCCACGGAAACAACUCAACCGUCUCAAAUGCCGGCGUGAAACCGCUUUGACUUCGACUGCGUCAGAUAAUCAUCAGCAUGCGCACAGUGUGAUUUGAAAUGCUUGGAGAUCAUUCUCUGAAAGACGACAGCACAGAAUAACUCAACGUACACAGUCAUCAGACUGACGAUCAUCACGUCCUUGGAAGAGUUUAUCUCACAGGCACUUUGUUCUUCAUCAGAGCUGUUUUGUUUCACUCGACAUUUAUUCUCCAGAUCCUGUGAACAAUGUGUAUAGAUCAGUUUGGGUUGUAAUUCUCUUGAGGUUCAAUCAUAGCAGUUAAAAACAAUGAAUUCAUACCAACAUGUGCAAUUAGAUUAUGGAUAUACAGCAGAAGAAUGGGAAAUGUUGGACAAUGGAACAAUAAACCACUGAUUAAACAGG